AUGUUUGUUGUGUUUCUGCUGUGCAUUGUCUUUCUGGUCUGCUCAAAUAAUGACUCUGCAACAGCAUGUUAUAAAUGUAAAAAAUAUCAUCUUGGGUUAUGCUAUGACACCAUGAAGAUCUGCAUCCUAAAGCACCAACAGUCCUGUGCUAUUGAGAACCUUUACUUCCUUACGAGAAAAGGGAGAAGUAUGUAUUAUUAUUCCAAACUGUCAUGUUUGACCAACUGUGAGGACAUCAACUUCUUGAGUUUUGAGAAAAGAAGAGAGCUCAUCUGUUGCAGACAUAAUAACUAUUGCAACCUCCCUGAGGGAGUUUAAUUCUAUAUCUCUCCUGGACGUGGGGUCAUUCUUCAACUCACCAUCCCCUAGUCUCUUCCCCCAGACCUGUAUUUUGCUUUCCUCUUCCAACCAAUGGUAGAGAGUGAGAGAGAAAGCCAGCUAGUGAGGUCACAAGGAGAGAAUGGAGGGUAGCUGAGUCUCAUUAACGAUGGAAGACUAAACUAGACUGAAGUUUUGCAAAUCCCUUUUGCUCACAUCUGGCAGUUUGGAUUUCCUUAUGAUGGAAAUAGGGUUGCCACAAAUACAGUUGGGUUUGGAACUGGUUAUUUAUUAUCUCCUAUAUGGUAAUGCAAAGGAUUGGGUCAAAAUAGUCACAAACUUGUACCAAGAACUCUCUGGCCAUACUUUAUGCUCAUCUAUAUCCACUCCUCUGGUUGGAAUUGAGAUUCUCUUCGGAUUAGCCCUGACACCUUCUGGUGCUCUCCUUUUGCCCAUGGGUUAUGGAGAUCAAAGAAAAAAUAGCUCUGGCUUCCCAAUUUGUGGUCAACAUGAGCCAUAUCUUUCUUUGGUAGGGCUCUUAGAGGAGGGAAAUCUCAGGCAGACAGAAAGCUGGACAGGCAUAAGGAUGAGGCAUCAAAGAAAGGGCAUUUCAGUUUGUGGAAACUAAAAUUUGAGAGACAAUUUGGUGUGGGUGAAAUUGGCUUAAAUUAUCAGGGCCCUGGAUGGCCAGGUGACCAGCUAGCACCAGAUUGAAAAAGGUGACUUAAUUGGGAAUGGAGACCUUCUGCAAGAAUGGUCAGUCAGUCUCCUUAUGAAAAUGAGGAAAGGGGUGCCUGGGUUGCUGAGUCAGUUAAGCAUCUGACUCUUGAUUUUGGCCCCAGAUAAGGACUCGCAGUUUGUGAGUUCUAACCCCGAGUCGGGCUCUGUGCUGACAGCAUGGAUCCUGCUUGGGAUUCUCUCUCUCCCUGUCUCUCUGUCCCUCCCCGCUCAUUCUCUCUCUCUC